AUGGCUCCGCAGCGCAGCCUCUCGUUCCAGCGACUGCGGCGCCUACCUCGGAUGCUCUGCAGGACUAUCCUGCGCGACAGCUGGCAGGAUGCCUUGCGGUUUUAUAGACCUUUACUGCGGUCUGUUGGUCUCGACAUGGUCGUGAGCUCCCUCCAGCGGACUAUUGACAACCACAAAGGCUCGGAGCGGCGCAAGCCUGUUGUCGACGCCUCCUUCCGAAACGCUCUAUUUAGCUGUGGCAUCCAUAUUCUUCCGAGCAUCCUGUCUAUCAGCCUGGUGACUAUUAACUGUAUCGGCUACUUUAUCGGCAGCGAGCUGGCUGGCAUCGAGAACGAAGAUAAUGUCAAGCUGGGCGCGAUCCAGAUCGCGGCCAAGAUCCAGGAGCUGUUGAUCGUUGGCAGCACGGCGGCUAUCGUCUUCCAUUUCCUGCGCGUCGAGUUGCUCUUCGGUGAUGGAGUGCCCUUUGGUUUGCUGACCGCAGGCUUCGACUUUGCCCGGCUGAAUUAUUUCUGGUCCUCGGCCUUCCUGGGUGCCAUGCGGUGCCGCGAGGCCUGGCGCAAGCCGUUCCUGGUCACGUUGCUGGUGCUGGCGGGCAUCAUCGCCGUUGCUGCGGGGCCAUCGAGUGCAGUUCUGAUGGUGCCCGUCUCGCGAACCUGGUCCGGGGGAUGGACCGCAUUCUAUUUGAACGGCACAGAUCAAGAUCUUUGGCCGACGAACGUGACCGGCUCGGCCGCCGGCGGUCAGUCCUGCACCACCGUUGCGGGCCUCACCGAUCCAUACUGCAUCGCUGGCGGAUACUCGGCCCUGCAGCAGUGGGCGACAACGUUGGACUUUGUCCCCGGCGGCGGCACUGCCAAUGGGCCGCUCUUCCACAUGGACGUAACGGACCAGCUCAUGCAGCAGACGAUGAUUGGUUAUAUCCGCCAGCCCGGCAGUAACCUGGAUACCUGGGCGCAGGCCACCCACAGCGCUACCGCGGUUGUCCAGGAGAUGCUGCGCGGCGCCUGGCAGACGGGGAUCCAUCACAUCGGCGGUUUCCGAUACGGCCGCCUGCAAUACGGCGCCGACAGUCUCUCGUCGGCCGCUGUGCAAAUACCCGCUGUUCGCGUGGUAUGUCCUUCAUUUCUGCGCGUGUCCGGCAACGACUCGACCAUCAACUGCCCCGUAGUGCCCGAGUAUGACUUCUGGGCGAAUGUCUCGUCUGGCGGCACGGUGACCUGGGAUGUGAACCCUCUGACGUUGCCACAGAACCUAUCACAGAUAUGGACCGCCCUCGACCAGGACGCUCCCGCGACAGGGGUUAAAACCAUGUGGACAGCCCUGAAUGAGACAGACUUUGGAUCCGCAUCGGCGGGUCUGCUCAUCUUCGACUCGCCCGCCCGGUACGCCGACGUGGCGUCGGACGAGUCACGGCUGGCCGUCUGCUGCACCGUCGACGCCCGCUGGGCAGAGGGCCACAGUCUGAUCUCACGCGGCGAUCUGGGCGGCAACUUCUACAAGCUGAGCUCGGUGUCGCACCAGCGCGCCGACACCAGCACGCAGGAGUUCGGCCCCAUCGACGAUGGCAGCUACACGCUGAUCCGGCUGGCGCUUGACUGGCUGCAGGCGCUGACGCCCAAGAUGGCACCAAUGUACAACGCGACCACGAACCAGAGCGUGGCGGUCAACAGUCUCGAGUCGAUUGUGACCUCGACGGGGCUCACGGAACUUGACAACUCUACGAACACCGCGGAGUUCGUGUGCACCGCCUUUCUGGAACACAUCGUCUCUGUGCUCGUCGCCAACGGACUGUCCCGCGUCGGGCUGUCGCGGCAGGUGAACUACGAGCAGUUUAACCAACUGGCGAGCAACUACACGUACGCCACCGUCUCUGGAAACGGGGAUGGGGUGCUCGAUCCCCGCGCGACCCUUUCAUCAUCCCCUUUUACCCGGCUGGUGAUGACGGAGACAACAACCGGGUACGCCCUCUCGGUGACCUCGUGGCUGGAGUAUCUGGCCGUCGCCCUGAUAUGCCUGCACCUGGGGAUGGCGCUGAUCCACACAGGCUGGCUACUGUACACACGCAAGACGUCGCAGGCAUGGGAGUCCAUCCCGGAACUGAUCGCGCUGAGCCAGAACUCGGCGCCGGCACCCCGCGCCCUCGAGAACACCUGCGCGGGGAUCCAGAGCAUGGACACCUUUGCGGAGAAGACGUGCAUCGUCGCUACAGAGGCCGACGUCGACGGCAGCUUCACUCACCUCGAACUCUUCUUUACGCGCGACCGGCCGAACGUGUGUAAGGCGCAGGGCAUGCCGGCCGAGGGCGAGGAGUAUGGAUGUGUCAGUACUGGGUUCACAGUGCGAUAG